AGUGUCAGUGGAUUGUCAGGUGUCUAGUGGUUGGGGAACAGGCUCCAACUCAGUCCCACGUCUCGCGUAGACCUAUUAACAGGGUCUGGGAUAUCGAGCGCCUGACUUUUCGUUUAGCGUGUGUGGUGUCGUGUGUCGGUUGAACUUUCGGUACGGUUACGGCCCCUACAGAUCGAUUAGGUAAACGUUUCUUUAUACAAGACAUUAUAUAUAUUUUUUUCAUUAGUCAUUAGAGUUAGGUUCGCGACUUUGGAAUUUGAAUUCGGAUUUGUAAUUUUUGGCACAGAAAAUCUAAAACCGAUAAACGGACAUCGCAUAUAGGACACCGCAAUUAUCGGGCUCGAUAACCAUGGCCAGCCGCUCGAACCAGCGUGACCGCGAGUUCAACCGUGACGCCGAGCGUGACAACCGUGAUAAUCGGGACUAUAAUAACCGUGAUCGUGGCGGCCACGACAAUCGAGACAGUCGGGACAAUCGCGGUGGUAAUCAGCGAGAUUUCCGCGACUUUCGCAAUCGGGACAAUCGAGACAACCGGGACCGUGACCGUCAGCGUCAGGUGCCCACGGAACCGCCGUUCAUCGCCUAUGUCGGCAACCUCCCCAAGGGCCUUGUUCAGGGCGAUGUCAUGAAGAUAUUUUCGGACUUUGAGGUCAAGAACGUGCGCCUGAUCAAGGACCGUGAAACCGACGAAUUCAAGGGCUACGGCUAUGUGGAGUUCGAGACACUGGCUCAGUUGAAGAGCGCCCUCUCCUGCAACGGUCGCAUCAAGCUGGACAACUUUUCGGCACCGCUCCGCAUCGACAUAGCUGAUCAUCGUCGGCAGAACACGGGCUCCAGUGCUGGAGGCGGGGGCGGAGGACCUGGCUCCCAGGCUCAGAGCGAGGGCCGUGGAGGUGGAGGAGGCGGUGGCGGCGGAGGUGGUGCCGGAAACUACUAUCAAAGACGCAACUAUCGCCGAGACGACAGCGUGGGCUCACAUCAGUAUCGCCGCCGGGACAACAUGCGCAGCAACAGCAGCCAUCAAAUGUCCAACAGCAGCCCCACCCAAAGCACCAUGUCGAUUGGCUACAACCGCAACAUGCGCGGCAACUUCAACAACCGUGGAGGAGGAGGCGGCGGCAACGGCAAUGGCGGUGGAAAUAGCGGAGGAGGCGGCAACGGCGGGAGCCGCUAUCAACAACGCAACAACAGCUCUGGCUACGACACCCGUGGCGGAGAGGGGCCGCCAGGAGGCUUUCAGCGUAACCGCAACUUUAAUUUCAAUCGCUUUGACAACAAUGGCGGUCCGGGCGGAUCAGGCGGAGGUGGCGGUGGUGGCGGAGGCCGCGGGCCGCAGCGGAAUUACGGCGGUAACGUCGGUGGAAAUGGCAUCGGAACCGGCAACUACACCAACUUUGUGCAGAACCGGAACCGCGAUCGCCGUGGUCACUACAAUCCGAACAAUGGUGGCAUCUCCGGAUACGGAAACAACAGCAGCAAUGGCAACGGCAACGGUCCCUAUGGCGGCGGCAACCGGGAUAACAAGAGUCCUAGUCGAGGGGCGGAAUCAGGAUCAGGAGGGGCGGUGACGGGGGAAUCGGCAUCAGGAGUAGGACCAACUUCGACCAACCAAUUCGGGCCACUUGAUGACGAUGAUCGCCCGAAAUUGUUUCUGAAGCCUCGAACCGUCACCGCCCCUAUCAAUGCACUAGCGGAAACCAAACAGGCAGCCCUGAUCUUUGGAAAAGCCAAGCCACGUGAAGACAAUAGCACGCCAGUAUCCUCGCCGCGCCAGGAAACCGAUGAGGGGGACAAAAACCCAAGCGCCGCAUCAGAAGCCUCGGAAAGCCAUGAAGCCCCUCCCGAAGAUGAAGGUUUGCCGGACGAUGAGGUAGACGAUGGUGUAUCGGAACCAGAAGAUCCUAUCGAGGGCAGCGACCAAAUUUCAUAGUCCAGGCAGAAAGUGAAAACAUUUAACAGAAAAAUCAACCCAAAG